UCAGCUGUUUGCUGACAGUUCGCAUACAACAAUAAAGACAAAACAUAAGAAAAAGAUAUUUUGCCAAGUUGUCAAUGUAAAAACGCAAAUAAAUAAAUUAACUAUAAAAAAUACACAAAAAUAAUAUUGUUUAAAUAGAGUAAAUAUUAUAGUGUAACAAUUGUGUAAGCGUUCGAGGAAUUUCAAAUAUGUCUUGGCUCAACAGCAGUCUGAAUACAUUGAAAGGCCAACUAACCACUCUCGCUCAGGAGGUGCUUGCCGAGACAGCAGGUCCAGGAGAUGAGGAAUAUCGAGGCCCAGAAAUUGAAACACGUACAGCGGCUGAACUGCUUGCUGAUACACAAAUCGAAAAUAAACAGUUAGACAAAUUAUGCAAUGAAAAAGAUAACGAAAUUGCUUUGCUGCGCAAACAAAUUAACGAGAUGCAAACGAAAAUCUUAGAUAGUGGAGGUGGAUCUGCAAGUACGUCGAAAUCGGUAAGUUCAUGCAAGAAAGAAAAAUGGCAAGCAACCAAUUAAGCUUAGGGCCAAAGA